GUUGUUUUGUUUUUCCGUGUUUUGGUGGGAGAUGUCUGGCCGUGGUAAGCAGGGCGGCAAGGCGCGCGCCAAAGCUAAGUCGCGCUCUUCCCGCGCCGGCCUUCAGUUCCCCGUGGGCCGCGUGCAUCGGCUGCUCCGGAAAGGCAACUAUUCGGAGCGCGUGGGAGCUGGCGCGCCGGUCUAUCUGGCGGCGGUGCUCGAGUACUUGACGGCUGAGAUUCUGGAGUUGGCGGGCAACGCGGCGCGCGACAACAAGAAGACGCGCAUCAUCCCGCGUCACCUGCAGUUGGCAAUCCGCAACGACGAGGAGCUCAACAAGCUGUUGGGCCGCGUGACCAUCGCUCAGGGCGGCGUCUUGCCCAACAUCCAGGCCGUGUUGUUGCCCAAGAAGACGGAGAGCCACCAUAAGGCUAAGGGCAAGUGAGGCCGCGUCGGACGGUAACGGCCCUGCGCGCCGAGGGCUCCCUGACACCAAAGGCUCUUUUCAGAGCCACCCACAGUCUCCAGAGAAGAGCCUCACUGACCGUGUUUCUGUGCGCACCAGCAGCAGGCUAGGCGCACGGGGAGCCAGCCUUAGCAAGAUACGGGGCGCGCCUAGGCGCACGGUGAGUUGGGGUUGUGUGUUUGCUGCAGGGAAUGCUCGUGACUACCUUUGCUCGAAUCACCUAUCCACCUCUCCUGGGGUUCUAAUCCCACUCAUCCUGAAGGUAUCCCUGUCAUAACGGAUGACAGGCUAUCUUUGGCUCCUGAAAGUCAGUCGGUUACAUUUAGACACCCAAUGUCUCCUGGACAACCAGGUAGAUUAACGUGAUACUAGAAGUAUUCGUAAUCUUUAGGGAGAAUGUGUCAUUUGGGAUUUUGAUAGGUAGACCUAAUGAUUUACUGUUAAAACAUGAGUGCUUGAGAGACUUCAAAUUGCAAAGCUUUUAAAAGAACAUGAGGUGCAUUGGAAUUAUGAUCUAGUUUAUGGGAUUGGAAAUUCUUCUAAGGUCUUGGGAAGGGUUUGUGCGCUAGAUUUUCAACAUUUAAAAAGAAUCAAAUUGUAUUUUUAAAGUUGUCAAGUUUUAAAGGAAAUUUUAUUGUAAAUAAGAUAGUUGUUAAAGGAAUUCCGUACGUUUGAUUUGGGUCAGGCAUACGUUAAUCAGAGGCCCUUAAAUUGCUUGUUAAAAUCAGAGAAAAAUUUAUACUUCGAGUUUGAUAAGGAAAACCAUGUUUGUGAAUUAAGUACAUUUAAAAUGAAUAUUGUUGGAACCAGAUUAAUACAUAUGUGGGUGUUUAAGAUGACUGAACUCCACAUUCUGUUAUAAACCAGGGUUGGAAAGUUCCAGAGAUGCCCCUGGCAAAAUUAACUGAGAAAUGAGAACAUGUAAUAGCGUCUGUCUAAGGGAGGAGGAGCAAUUAAAUGGUUAAGCCAUGAUACUCCUUUAAAAAACAAUGCCUGGCACAAAAUAAGAGCUGAGUACGUGUUAGUCUUGUCAUUAUUAUCCUUACUGUUUUGAUUAAUUUUUUAUUAUAAUCGUCAAUACUGGCCAAUAAGACAAUUCAGGAAUGUAAGACAUGAAAAUUGUCUACUCCAACCAGGGCUCCCUGGACACCAUCGGGAGCUAACCACGUGUGUGCCAGGCUUUAGAAAAUAUCCUUGUGCUAUGAAACUUUCACACCAAAAAUUGGUAGAAGUGCUCUGUCCAUGUGGAUGAAAACAACACUGGUAUCCCACACAGUGUAGACAGACACCAGGACCCACGUUGUCCAGUGGGCUCCAUUCAGUGAACUGCACUGCAAGGACUUUCCAGAGAUCACAGAGCCUUCUGGAGAUCUUGCCAUUGUGUUUUCAGCCUUCAGUUCCAGCUUAAAUCUGUGUUUAUGCGUUAAUAUUGAGGUAGAUCAUUGUAUAAUCUUCAAACUCCUCGGUAGUAUUUAAGAAG